UGCACAAUAAAAAUAACGACAACAUAUAUCGGUUACUCCAAGACUGUGAUAAAAAUCUGUGAUAUAUUUAAUUUUUAACGAAAUUUUCAAAAUGGUACACAAACCGAUUAAUUUUGAAAGCAAAGGCUUUAAGGCGACUGUGGCCUCUUAUAAUGUGUUCCUGCAUUUACUAAUGGGCAUUGUUGUGGCUAUCCCGAUGCUGUAUGCCUUUUCCAAUACUUCUGGGGCUAUUUAUUUACAUAUUGUCUUAUGUGUACCUGGGUACCAACUGCUGAUGGGGCAAUCGUUCCUUGGCCUUUGCCCGUACAACACCUGGUCCGCAGAUCUGAACACAGUGAACAAGCGCCGAGUUCACUGGGUCUUGGCUUUGAUGGGCUCAGUAUUGGCAAUCGCUGGCAGCAUCAUUGUCAUGCUCUAUAAAAAUGUUAACUUCAAUACCCUGCAUGGAAAACUAGGUCUCGUCGCCAUGGUGUUCACAGUGGUGAACCUUGUCACAGGCGUCGCCGCUCUAUACGCUACUCCGUUAAGACGGAUAUUCAUUCCUCCCUCUCUGUCCAAAAUCAGUCACAUACUCUUCGGCAUGGUCGCCUUCGUCACGGCCAGCACUAGCCUCUGCUACGGCUUUGACAAAAACGCCUUCAGGAACUGGGUCGGUGCUGAAGUUACUUUAGGUGUCAUAAUUUUCACUGCAGCUUUCACCAUAUUCUUGUGCAUUAAUCCCUUACACACGACAUACAAACGAUGCGUCACUAUGUUUAAGUAAAUCUUAAUUGUAAUUAAAUAAUUUAAAUUAUUAUUGUGGUUGUAUGUCUGAUGUUGUGGAGAUAUAAAGGGAGAAAUGGAAAGGAGAGCUUCAGAGCUGUGUUAAUUUUGACCAAUAAAAUUGUUUCAGUCUGAGCUCCAUGCCAUAUCAAUGCCUUUUUCAAUUUGGCAUACUCUUCAACAUAAUUAUUCAUUUUUCGUUUCUCCGCGUCAGUAGACAUACAACCUCACUGAGUUUAGCUUAAGUACUAUUAUUAAACUUUCUUAUAUACGG